GAGGUAAAGCGUAUCAGUGGUUUGAUGAGAGGGCGGACCCAGAAACUGUGCUUAUUGACCUCAAGUCCCUAAACUCUGUCUAGUGAGCUGUCGCAUUUGCUCAUGUUCAGACGUUCGUCCUCAGUGCAGGUCAACAGCUGGUGAAGUCAUGUCUGCCUUUCUGCAUCGCUGUCCGUAUCUGAAGUCGGCUCCGGGCCCGGCGCUGAGACAUGUGGGGGGAUUUUUGGGUCUGGCUGAUCGAUGCCCCAUCAUUGCCCGCCGCAUCACCGCGCAGUCCGCUCAGACUCAGGGAGAAGAAGAAGGCCUGCUGCCGCAUAAGGGAGUCAAACGCUCCUUGACUUUAUCUGCUGCUCAGGUUGCUGAGUCCAUGACCAAGGCCUGUCCCUUUGUCUCCUCUGAGAUUGGACUAGUUAAAGCCAGCCCUCAAAUUCAGGAGGAUGUUCACUCAGUGCUGCCUCCUAUUCCAGAGGAGGAAGUCACUUCUGGAACAACCAGUUCUGUGUUUAGUGGCUUGCAAGGACUUCGGUCAUCUUUCGCUUCCCACUUUCUCAAGGACAACAUUGUUGGAUCCAGUUUUGACUAUGAUGACUUCUUCACCCAGAAGAUUAUUGAGAAGAGGAAUGAUCACACCUACCGUAUUUUUAAGACAGUCAAUCGGUUUGCAGAUGUUUUCCCCUUUGCUGAGGAUUACUCUGUUCCAGGACGUCUUGGCUCUCAGGUGUCUGUUUGGUGCAGCAACGACUACUUGGGCAUGAGUCGCCAUCCUCGUGUCGUUAAAGCAAUAUGGGAUGUUUUGGAAAAGCAUGGAGCAGGAGCAGGUGGCACCAGGAAUAUUUCUGGGACAAGUUACUAUCAUGUGGCUCUUGAGAAAGAACUGGCUCUUCUUCACCAAAAAGAUGCAGCUCUUGUCUUCUCCUCAUGCUUUGUGGCAAAUGAUUCCACCCUUUUUACUUUGGCAAAAAUGCUUCCAGGUUGUGAGAUUUAUUCAGACAUGGGGAACCAUGCCUCCAUGAUUCAAGGCAUCAGGAACAGUGGCGCCAAGCGCUUUAUCUUCCGACACAACGAUGCAAAACAUCUAGAAGAGCUGCUCAGUCGCUCUGAUCCAAAGACACCUAAGAUUGUGGCAUUUGAGACAGUGCAUUCCAUGGAUGGAGCUAUCUGCCCCCUGGAGGAGCUCUGUGAUGUUGCACACAAAUAUGGUGCUCUCACCUUUGUGGAUGAGGUUCAUGCAGUUGGCCUGUAUGGACCACAUGGAGCAGGAGUUGGUGAAAGAGAUGGCAUUAUGCACAAAAUCGAUAUUGUUUCUGGUACACUGGGCAAGGCAUUUGGCUGUGUUGGGGGUUACAUAGCCAGCACUGCUGCACUGGUGGACACGGUGAGAUCCUAUGCAGCAGGCUUCAUCUUCACCACCUCACUGCCUCCCUUGGUUCUGGCUGGAGCUCUGGAGUCUGUGCGGGUCCUGAUGAGCUCAGAGGGUCAGGCUCUGCGUCGAUCCCACCAGAGAAAUGUCAAACACAUGAGGCAGCUUUUGUUGGAUGCAGGUCUGCCUGUCAUCAAUUGUCCAAGCCACAUUAUCCCCAUAAGGGUUGGAAAUGCAGAGAAAAACUCCAAGGUUUGUGACCUUCUGCUGGAGAGACACAAUAUUUAUGUCCAGGCGAUAAACUACCCAACUGUGCCACGUGGAGAAGAGCUGUUGCGUUUGGCACCAUCUCCGUUCCACAAUCCGGUCAUGAUGGAUUACUUUGUUGAGAAAUUGGUGGAUGUAUGGCAGGAAGUUGGAUUGCCACUCAAUGGUCCUGCACCAGCCUCCUGCACUUUCUGUGAACGUCCCCUCUACUUUGACCUCAUGAGCGAGUGGGAGAAAAGUUACUUUGGCAACAUGGAACCAAAAUAUAUUACAGUUGCAGCACAAUAAGAAAAAUGAAAGGAAAGAGAGAUUGAAAGCAAUUCAGUGUAACCAGCUUACAUAAUUAUUAAAGAAAAAAAUAUAACUACUGGGAUAUCUCUUCUUUAUACUUUCAUGCAUAUUGCUGCCUGCUGCCUGCAAUAUGUACCUCAUUAUUACUUUGGUGCUUUUAGAUUUUAAAACAAUAUUUAUUCUGUGUCCCCUUUGCAUAUUAAAAAACCUGCACAUGGACACUUUUAAUGGAAACUAUUUUUAAAAAAGUUCAUGGAUCAUGCAUAGCCCUGUACUAAAUCUCUCUGUAUAAAGACACAUCUUUGUCUUUAAUGCAUUUGAUUUGCCUCUGCAUGUAAUAACUGUCUUGAAGUUGCUAAUGUCCUAUAAAUAAACUCAUACAUAAAUAAAUAGGAGGUAGGGUUGGUAUUUGUACCUUUUACAAAUUUGAAAGUUUCUCAUAAGACUAAGUGUUUUUUUUUUAAACUAAAAUUUAAAUUUAACUGCACAUCAACUUUAAUUAGUUUCCUAACCAAUAAUUAUUUUUUUUUAUUUUAAAUAUUGGUAAAUAUACCUACGCACUCUUGAAAUGUAGUGACCUCAGCCUGUUAUCAAAUGUAGGUCUUGAAUCUAUUUUGUGUUUUUUUUUUUUAAUUCCUAAUUUAAAUUUACAUGAGGCCAAUGUUUUAUGAGAAAUAAAAUAAAAAAUGUCUAUAAAUCA